UGGUGAAUGGAAUUGUUACCAACCAAGCUACAAUUGACCGAUGGAAGAAAAGAGACGUAACAUGUAGAAACUACAUAAUGGCUACCAAAGAACCCAGUCAAAAGAAAAACAUUUAUGGUUUGGCAACUGGAAGAGAAAUGUGGCUAAAAAUCGAGACUCAGUAUGCAUCCAACGCGGCCGAUCUCGAAGCCAACUGCCUGACAAGCUUAUAUAACUUCAAGCAUGAUCCUAGGAAAGACAUUAUGUGUCACAUCAAUGGAGUCCUGGCUUUUACCAACAAGCUACGUGAAAUUGGGAAGCCCAUGGCAGAACUACACAUCAUCAACAUCAUUACAUCUUCCCUUCCUGAGUCUUACGCCAGAGCACGGUCAAACUGGACACUGGUACCUGAAGCUGAACGAAAAGUUAACAACCUAACAAGUAAACUGAAGGCAGAAGAGACCAUCAUUGCCAGCUACCUAAAACCUGCUAAAGAAGACUUGGCCCUCCAUGCUUCAGAGCAGCAGACUGACCAAAAUGAAAGAAUCGCAAAUAAACCGGGACCAUCGUUUUAUCCCGUCGACAACCGUUCCGAUGGUGGAAGGUACCUCCAUAAAACAAAGAGAAGCAGGAUCAACAAAUUUCGUGGAGGAAGAGGAGCUUUCAAAGGAUCUUCUGGUCCUCCCGAACUCAGAGAAGGUGAACAAGAAUACGAAUUCCUAUUCUGUGAAGUUGACACACACAAAACGAGAGACUGCAGAAACAUGACCAGAGCGAAAAAGGCAAGAAAUGAGACCAAAACACAAACUAAAAAUCAAAAUUUUUGA